AUGACUAUCAAUUCACUUCCCGAAGACAUCAUCAUAGACUACCGCACCGAGUAUUGUCUCUACGUUACCAUAUCUAAAUAUGACAUCAACAACGAUGGUGAUGUACACCGUUUGUAUACUCUUCGCCAGAACUUCAACUCACCUGACAAAAAAUAUUCCUUGGUCCCUGUCACAUCACUCCCUCGUCUACCUCCGAAUGCUAGCUACGUGACCGCGGAUUCGAAGAUCUUUGUGAUCCCUGAUGAUAAGAGUCUCGCAUCUACUGAUACGUUACUCAUCGACUGUAGGUUUCACACGGCACACCACCUCCCAAGCAUGCCAAACGAAGUCGGUGAGAUAAGUAUCGAAGGAUACUACAAAGAAGUGUCUGACGGGGUCGCUAUGUUCUUGAACCAGAUCCCUCGGACUUUGGUAUGUAUGUAUGAGUGGACUUACAAGAGUGAUCAUAAGCUCUACAUGGUGACUUUAAAGACGGAUAUCUUAAAUUUAAAGGCUUGGCAUCACGACAAUAAAUGCUUUCUGGAUGGAGUGUCCUACUUCUCUGAUCCACAAGCGGUUGAUGUAAGACAAAUUUGUGUAGAAGAUGUGAAGGGCGUCAGACUAAUCACUGAUGAGGAUGCUAAUGUGUCGUGCACUGUGAUAUAUGGUGAGAAGGUGGUUGUGUUUUUGCAGAUAGAGAUUUGUCAGAAGAACGAGAUCUGGUGUGUUGAGAUCAAAGUGGAAAAGGAUCAAAAGGGAGAGUUGUGUGGAAGAGUUGAGUGGUGUGGUUGUUUGCUUGAGGGACACUGGGCUGCCGGCCCUGACCUCAAGGACGCUCUUGUUGUUAAGGUCUGA